AUGUUCUCCCUUUGUCAAUGGCACUCAAACCUCCAAGCAGCCGCGAGGGUUUUAGGCGGCGGCCCUAUUUAUAUAUCGGAUACUCCUGAGGAACUUAGAGCAAACCCUCAACCUCUAAUAAAGCGCCUAUGUAUGGAGGCCCCGCAGGGGCCCCCUGAGGGGCCCCCUUGGCAGUUGCUGCGAUGUAUCUCUGUUGGGCAACCAACAGAAGAUUGUAUCUUCCUUGACCCCACCAAGACUCCAGUCGGGUACAAGAUAUGGAAUGUCUGCACUGGGGGUUUCCUUGUUGGUGUUUUUGGGUUGUGCAUCCAUGGGGUUUACUUGCUCAAAUGGCUACUCAAGGGUCUGUGGUGUUUUGGUAUGAUGGGCCUGAUGAGCCUUGCUGCCUUCUUGUAA